CAACAGUACUUAGCACAUAUAACUACAAGAAACUCAGCAAUUUGGAGCCUUGUUCAACGAUGAAUAAUUCAAGUUCAUGCUCUUCAGUUAGAGUGGCAGUUUCCGAUGAAGAAGAUAUCAAUAUAUUAGCGUUAAGGAAACCGAAGAAGCGUGCGGGGAGGAAGAAGUUCAAGGAAACUCGGCACCCAGUGUACAGGGGAGUGAGAAGGAGGAACAACGACAAGUGGGUUUGCGAACUGCGUGAGCCCAGCACACAGAAGCGAAUAUGGUUGGGAAGUUACCCAACUGCAGAAAUGGCUGCGCGCGCUCAUGACGUAGCUGCAUUGGCGCUUAGAGGGCCGCUGGCCACUCUGAAUUUCGCGGACUCUGCUUGGCGGUUGCCAGUGCCGGUAUCAAAGGAUCCCAAGGACUUGCGCCAUGCAGCUGCGAAAGCAGCAGAGCCGUUCUGGUCAGGAGAGGAAACUGAUGUUAAUUCUAGAGUGGCAGCUAAUACUGGCAAUGGUAGUGAGGAAAUGAAGGCGGCAGCAGAAGAAGAUAAUGCAGUGUAUAAUUGCAUGCAGAAUAUUGUGACUGCAGAAAAUGUUCUGUACAGCAACUACUCAUGUAGUGAAGUGGGAAUGGUAGGGACGCAAGAAUGGCAGGCAAACAUGGAAGAAAGGAGUUUGUUUUCACCAAAUCCUUGUUUAUUAGGUAGUUGUUUCAGCUGGGAUGAUGAUGUGGAAAGUGAUGUUGAGGUGUCAUUGUGGAGUUACUCUGUUUGAUAGCUCGUAUGUAGUUGGAGUAUAUCCAUUUUUGUAAUAAGAAGG